AUGCGUGUCCUCGGCCUCGUCUCCGUCGCUUUCGCGGCUCUGUCCGCAGCCCAGGAUUGGAGUCCGGUGCUCUCGGACAACAGCAGCAUCGUGCAGAAGCACAUGCUGGCGCGAUCGAACAUGAUCACGCUGGAGAAGAGACAGCGACAGGACUACGAAUUCCGACAGAACAUGUCGGCUGUGGCGCGGCAGGCCGAUGCGCUGGUCAAGGCCAUUCGCCAGGAGGAGAUCGACGACUACUGGCGCCACUACGCCGAGCUGCAGAACCAUACCGACGAGCGCUUCGCCGGCAUGAUGUUCCCGCUGGCACGCCCUUACAUCGCCGACACUAAGCUGUGGCAGAUCGUGAAGCGCAUGCCCAAGGGCGCGCUGCUGCACGCGCAUCUGACGGCCAUGCUGCCCUACGAGGUGCUGCUGGAGACCGUGGUCAACACCGAGGGCAUGGUGGUCAGCGCCUCGCAGAGCCUCGAUACCCCCGAGGGCCGCGAGAACGCCACCAUCGCCUUCUCGCACGUCAACACCACCGUCCCGGACGGCGAGGACAUCACCUCCGCCGACUACGUGCCCAACACGGACGUGCUGGUGGCCGACGUCGUGGACAGCUUCCCCGGCGGCAAGGACGGCUUCUUCGACUUUGCCCAGACCAAGAUGGAGGUGCAGCCCGAGAACUCGAUCCAGCACGAGCUGGGCGUCGACGAGAUCUGGCGCCGCUUCCAGGCCAUGUUCGAUCCGGCCGGCACCUUGCUGACCUACGAGCCCAUCGUUCGCACCUUCUACCAGCGUCUAUUUGGCCGUCUGGCUGGAGACGGCAUCAACUGGGUGGAGAUUCGCGCCGGCGGAUCCAGCGGCAAGUUGGUGCACGAGGGCGACGAAGAUCCUGACCCUGACCUCGACGUCUGGUGGACCGUUCUGCAAGAGGAGCUGGAGAAGUUCCAGAGCAGCGAGGCCGGCGAGAACUUCUGGGGCGCGCGAGUGAUCUGGUCCGACUGGCGUGGCGGGUCUACCGACCGCAUCAUCAACAGCAUGAAGAUUGCGCUGGACCGCAAGCUGAAGUUCCCCGAACUGUUCAGCGGCUACGACGUCGUCGCGCAGGAGGAUUUGGGCCGCACACUGGCCGAUCUGGCGCCGGAGCUGCUCUGGUUCCAGGAACAGGCGGCGAACCUGAACGUCUCCGUGCCUUUCUUCUUCCACGCGGGCGAGACCCUGGGGGAUGGCAACUCGACCGAUCUGAACCUGGUCGAUGCGCUGGUGUUUGGCACUCGCCGCAUUGGCCACGGUUUCUCUCUGUACAAACACCCUCAUCUGAUUGAGGAGGUGAUCGAAAAUGGCAUCAUGGUGGAAGUGUGCCCCAUCUCCAACGAAGUGCUGCGUCUGGCUACGGAUAUCCUGCACCAUCCUUUGCCAGCCAUGAUUGCGCACGGCGUGCCCACUGCCAUCAGCAACGAUGACCCUGCCAUGCUGGGCCAGGAUGCUGCCGGUGUGAGCUACGACUUCUACCAGGUGAUUCAGGGAUUCGACAACGUGGGACUGGCUGGACUGGGUGCCCUUGCGCAGAACAGUAUCCGGUGGUCGAACUUCGAGGACCAGUCGGACGACCAGUGGAUCAUCGACAUCGACCAGGGCGAGAACGGUGAUGGCAUCAAGGCCCAACGUCUGCAGCAGUGGAAGCAGGAGUGGGAGGAGUUCUGCCAAUGGGUGGUCAGCGAGUUUGGAUCGGAGGCCUGA